AUGAAUAUCAACUUCCCGCAGAUAAACCUUCAACGGAGCUCCACGGCUCAGAGCCUGGCAUCACAGACCGCUGCUGAAAUCGGCGCCCAGGUCCUUCUGUUCUCCGAGCAAAACUGGAGUCCGGCUCGCGACGACAGAUGGGUAGUCAGCACGGAUGGCACCUGCGCAGUCGUCCUGACACCCAUGGCCGACUUCGUAGCAGAAACCUCCGGGUCGGGCCGCGGAUUCGCCUGGAUGCAGACGAGAGGCGUAAGGAUCUACAGCUGCUACAUCUCGAGAAACGACUCGGACGCUAAUUUCUCAACCUUCCUCGGCGAUGUCGAGCAGUCGGCCCGGUCCGCCGAUCCAAGUUGUACCCUCAUUCUAGGAGGCGAUUUCAACGCCUGGUCACAAGAGUGGGGCUCGGCGCGGAACGAUCCAAGAGGUGACCAACUGGCUGAUCUGGCAGCAAGCUUGGACCUCCUCGUCACCAACUCGGGCACCACUCCUACCUACAGAAGAGUAAACUCUGAGACCAUCAUAGAUGUCACCUUCUACCGCACACCCGACCACCCUCCGUUAUUCGAGGCUGGAAGGUGUUGGACGAAGUUGAGUCGGGGAUGGUCCUACAGACGCCUUGACGUCGAAGCACUGGUGUCACACCUGGCCGAAGAACCCCUGCCUCCAAAUGACGUAACCAUCUCGGCCAACGAAGCCGCCGAUUCACUAGUUAACUACCUCGCAUCUGCCUGCGGCUCAUGUAUGCCACCAAGGGCAGCUCCCCCGGCUGGCAGAAGACACGUCCACUGGUGGAACCAAGAUAUAAAGCUACUCCGCGAAGAUUAUGAAAAAGCGCUCAGAAAAUACCAGAGGGCCGGUCGCAGGCAUGACCCACCCGGACAGUUGGAACUCUUCCGGCUCGCCUCCAAGGCGAAGAGGAAGGAACUUAAAAAAAUGAUUAGAGUCUCACAGGCCAAAAGCUGGUCCGACCUGUGUGCAGCCGUGGACUCCGACCCAUGGGGACUCCCGUACAGGGUCGUGACCAAACGCAUAGGCCGGCAUCGUCCGGGAAUCGAAGCCAGAGGCAUGGAGACAGAGAUCGCAGAUCACCUGUUCCCCAACCCACCGGCGGCGGACUGGUCGCAUGAGUCUCUCCCAGAUGCCGACGAAGAACUGCCAGCACCGGAAUUCACGACGACCGAACUGCACGAGGCUUCCAAUAGGCUCCCACCCGGUAAGGCAACCGGACCUGAUGGCAUUCCGAACGAGGUUCUGACGAGCACCUCGACAGAACAGAUCUCCGAUCGUCAAACCAGUACGGCUUUCGACGCGGCCGGUCAACGAAAUCGGGACCUGUGCGUGACCGUCUCUUUAGACGUCAGGAACGCCUUCAACACUGCGCCAUGGAGAAGGAUAGACGCCGCACUCUGCGAAAAAAAGGUCCCUUCGUACCUCAUUCGGCUCAUCAGGUCCUAUCUCCAAGACCGGUCCAUACUGGUAGGCCGGACGCUCCUCCGGCGAAGCACCACGUGCGGCAUUCCCCAGGGCUCGGUCCUCGGACCAGCACUGUGGAAAAUCUUCUACGACGAGCUUCUUGAGUUGAAAAUGCCUCAGGGCGUACAACUAGUGGCGUUCACGGACGACGUUUGCGUCCUAGGCAUCUCGCGGAACGGUGAGUCUGCCUCGACGCUCAUGAACCCCGUCCUCGAGGCGGUGGCCGAUUGGAUGAACAUUAAUGGCCUCCAACUAGCUCCGGCCAAAACCGAAGCAAUAGUUCUCACCAGAAAAAAUGUGUACAACGACCCUGAGCUCAUCGUCGAAGGUCAUGCGAUCCCGGUCAAACAGUCCAUGCGAUACCUCGGCGUUGAGCUCGACACUCGUCUAUUGUUCACCAAGCACGUCCAACAGGCGUCGUCGAAAGCAUUCAAAUCAGCGCUCGCCAUAGCGAGACUGAUGCCUAACGUCGGAGGACCGUCGCAGUGCAAGAGAGCUCUCUUGGGAACAGUCGCCAACAGCAAAAUGCUGUACGCUGCUUCAACCUGGGCCACCCAAGGCACUAAAACGGCGAAGAACCGAAAUGAGAUGGCGAGGGCUCAGCGAACCGUCGCGAUCCGCACCAUACGAGCAUACUGCACCGUCUCUGCUGACGGGUCUUCUCUGCUCGCGUCCAUGGUUCCAGCCGAUAUCGUAGCCAACGAGAGGGCCAGGAUGCGCCGGCGCCUCGACGAUCAGGAUGAGAUUACGCCCAAAAGUGGCAUAAAGAAACAGGAAAGAUCCAUCAGCAUCACAGCGUGGCAGGCAAGAUGGGACCGUUCGCCAAACGCCAGAUGGACACACAGACUUCUCCCUGACGUGGGUCGCUGGCUGUCCAAGCCACCUCUAAGUCUGACGUAUCACCUGACUCAGGUUCUGUCUGGGCACGGGUGCUUCAGGAGCUAUCUGCACGAUAAGGAUCGGGCCGUCGACAGUUAUUGCUACUAUUGCAUGGACCCAGACGACACGGUUGAACACACGGUGUUCACAUGUCCGAGAUGGCUCCGAUAG